UAUAUAUUGAGGAGGUAACAGAACGUGUGGCAACUGUUACGGCACCCCAGGUAUAUAAACUGCAGAAAUCGGCCGCGCCGUUCAGUCAGUGCUUAUCUGCGGUCACCUACAUACUCUCACCAUGAGAUUACUUCUGCUCUCACUGGUGUUGUGCAGUUUUGGAGUACUGGUGGCAAAUACACUCGACAUUCGUCCCAUCUCCAUAGAAGAUGUUUUAAGGGCAAAUCCUGGCCUGAAGGCUGAACUAAGGAAAAAAAUCGAAGAGAGCAAAAAUGAGCCAACAAGUGUCCCCGCCACUGCCUCAGCCCCUGCAACAACCACUGCAGCAACCACCACAACCACCACUACAACACCAUCUCCUCAGGCUGAUUCUCCUCCCUCCACAACCCCUGAAUCAACGACUAAAGCUACAAGGCAACCUGGCCGUCGACGCCGGCCUGGAGGAGCUGCUCGGCGCAGAUUGAGAGUUUCUAACAACGACGCCGAAGAAGCACCCAUUCAGAAUGCCCGAACAUUCCCACAAUAGACACAAAAAUAAUCGCUGGCUAGACUGCCAGGGAAUGUGGUGAAUGGAGAUUCCAAAUACAAAGAACAGUACAUUCAAAAUGUAACUGAUAAGAGUAAUGCCAAGAAGAUACGAAAAAAAGUCAAACCAAUUUCUUUUGGACUGCACUUUGUUAAAUUAUUUAGACAUGUUUGAAAUAUUAUAGCAUAUGAGUACCUGUCAUUCGCCUCAUAUAUCAUUUUCAAAUCUUAAUUAAACGAGAUCCUACUAAUUCACCAACUUAAUUCUGAAGUGCCUGAAAAUAUUCAGACUGUGAGAUCAGCGAAAUUACUUCCUGUUAUAUUGUACACUUUCACAUCAAGUAGCUUUGAAUUUUCUAGGAAAAUGUUUCUUCCAAAAAUAUUUUGUCUUUUUCUUAAGGUUUUGAAGUAUUUUGUCUAAACCAAACAACAAUCAUGGCAUUUAUUUUCAACGAAACUCUUCUACAAACAUUUGUGACCUGAAUGUAAAACAUUGAGCAAAUUGAAUGAUGUUCCCAGGAUCUACAUCCAGCACUUUAACAUUUGCCACUUUGUAACUUGCAUGGUUUGUUUCUUAAUAUAUUAUGUUAAAUAUU